GUAUAAAAUUCAUAUACUCCCUCCGUCCCAUAAAGUAUUACCCAUUUUGACUAAAGUUGAAAUUAAGGGAGGGAUAAUUUUGUGUUGACUUUCCAAAAAUACCCUUGAUGUGAUGGGUAAAAGUAGGAUGUGAUGUGUAGAUUAUUAGGAAAAAGGUAUGAUGUGAUAGUAGAGUAAAGACUUGGUAGUUCUUUCUCCACUUCAACUCCGACGGGACUGUGUUGUUCCCAGGGGAGACCGGGCAGAUGCGCUGGGGCUUCAUUCGCAAGGUUUACGCCAUCGUUUUUGCUCAGAUUUUGUUAUGCACAGCCGUUUCCGCAGCCAUGUUCCACUCCCACACUCUCAAGACGGUGAUGGCCACCGGAUAUUAUGGAACGGUUGCCAUCGGCAUCUUGGUCGUUCUCACCUUCUCUCUUGGCAUAGCAAUGACAGACUGCGCCGAGAAGGAUCCAUGGAACAUUGUUCUUUUAUGCAUCUUUACUGUGGCAUUGGCUUUCACGAUUGGAUUGGUUUGCACAUAUAAAAUAGGAAUGCCGAUCAUGAUUGCUGUAUGUGUGACGGCAAUUGCAUUCCUAGGUCUCACCUUUGUACACAUUCUGGGCUGCCAAGAGAGACCACCGUCUCUUCUUUCUUGGUCCUUUCUCGGUCUGUGCUUCCAUUGCUCUCAUUAUGGCGCUCAUCAUCUUUGCCCUCAGCAAGAUUUUUCUUCAUGUGGGAAGCAUUUUACCCUUUAUAUGGGGGUUUGUGGGAGUGCUCAUCUUUUGCGGGCUCAUCAUAUACUAUAUCAACGACUUGGCUACAGGUCCCCUUGCUGAAGAUGACCAUUACAUCCCUGCAGCAUGUUUGCUGUUUUUAUAUUGCAUAACAUUUCUACCCUUUUGUAGGUAUUGUUAAUUAGAAGGCCUCUCCAUUCUAAAAUAAAGUGAAAUUUUGAACUAAAUAUGACUAAAACAUAAUUUAUUUCCUAAUGUACGACUUAAACUUUUUUAUUCCUUAAAUAGGACUUAAUAAUGUCUGGUGGAGGAAUAAUGUCCAACUAGGUUG